AUGCCCCUCUUCCCCCUCCGUCGCAUCCCAUCGCUCUCAAAACCCGGGCAAUCUCUUCUCUCCAGGUUUUCUCCUCCCGUCAGCCCCGUCAGUCGGUCACUUAUCUCCCGCCGCUUCUUCUACGGAUAUAUCAGUGACUCCAAGAUGGCGCCCCAGCUUGAGCCCUUUUUUAAACAAGUCGACGACUCCGCGGAUUCCUUCAUUGAUCGUCUACGCAAAGCGGUUGCGAUUCCCUCGAUCUCUGCCCAAGAUGAGAACCGCAAGGACGUGUUCCGCAUGGCCCAGUUUUUGGCCUCUGAGCUCGAGGCUCUCGGCGCCGAGGUGCAGCAGAGACCACUGGGAAAGCAGCCUGGAAAGGAGCACCUGGACCUCCCCCGGUCGUCAUUGCGCGAGGACGGCUGGGCCACCGAGCCGUUUGAGUUGUCCAUUGAUGAGAAGGACCGCAUGUAUGGCCGCGGUGCCACAGAUGACAAGGGCCCCGUGCUUGGCUGGCUGAAUGUGAUUGAGGCCCACCGGAAGGCCGGUGUCGAGUUUCCCGUCAACCUUCUUUGCUGCUUUGAGGGAAUGGAGGAGUAUGGAUCGGAGGGUCUGGAAGAGUUCAUCCAGGCCGAGGCUAAGAACUUCUUCAAGGAUACCGAUGCGGUUUGCAUUUCCGACAACUACUGGCUCGGCACCGAGAAGCCCUGUCUAACCUACGGCUUGCGUGGCUGCAACUACUACUCUGUGAGCGUCUCGGGUCCCGCUCAAGAUCUUCACAGCGGUGUUUUCGGUGGUUCCGCUCACGAGCCCAUGACCGACCUCGUCAAUAUCCUGUCCAAGUUGGUGGACCCCCAGGGCAACAUCCAGAUCCCCGGCCUGAUGGAUUUGGUGGCCCCUCUGACCGAGGAGGAGAAAACUCUGUAUAGCAGCAUUAGCUACACUAUGGAUAACCUGCACGAAUCCCUAGGCAGCGAGACCGGCAUUCAUCCCACAAAGGAGCGAACUCUGAUGGCCCGCUGGAGGUACCCAUCGCUAUCGAUCCACGGCAUUGAAGGUGCCUAUUCUGCCCCGGGUGCCAAGACAGUCAUCCCCGCCAAGGUGAUCGGCAAGUUCUCGAUCCGGACUGUGCCCAACAUGGAGAGUGCAGACGUGAACAAGCUGGUCUUCGACUACAUCAAGGCCGAGUUUGCCAAGCUCAACAGCAAGAACACUAUGGAUGUGUGGCUACAGCAUGAUGGCAAGUGGUGGGUUGCUAGCCCGAAGCAUUGGAACUUUAGCGCUGCUAGCAAGGCCGUCGAGCAGGUCUUUGGCGUCGAACCGGAUAUGACCCGUGAGGGUGGAAGUAUUCCCGUCACUCUGACCUUCGAGCAAGCUACUGGAAAGAAUGUCCUGCUUCUCCCCAUGGGCAGCUCCACCGAUGCUGCUCACUCCGUCAAUGAGAAGCUGGACCGGAGGAACUAUAUUGAAGGAACUAAGCUGUUGGGCGCCUAUUUGCACUAUGUGGCAGAGGAACCUCUGCAGUAA